CUACGUGAAAAUAUUCGGAUCCUGAAUUUAUUUAUUUGUGUUGCUUGUGUAUCCUUUUUUUUGCUCUUCGCUGGCACUGUAUCUGUAGUUGGGCUCUCGUUAGCUUUGCCAUUCGACCAGUAUUAUGAGAUUAUGAUAUCUUUUGAACUGAUCUAUCAGCCGGCAAUUUAUGCAGCUGCUGUAACAACGCUUAUUGCUUAUGAAAACAGGCGCCAAAGGAGUACGGAUGUGAUUCAUUCGGAUCAGCAGGACACGAUAGAGCAUAUCAGUGGGUUACAAAAGUUGUGGGGUGAUGAGAGAAGCAGAGCAUGCUUUUCUACCCCAGAACUGGAUGAGUCAGAGGAACUGAGGGUUCCAUUUCUUAGAGCUCGCGGCGCAAAUCUCGAUCCGUUUCGUCUGAAUGUACCAGAAAAAUUGAAAGGCUUCAAUUUCUCGGCAGAUUCCUUUAUCUCGCUUUCAAUGCGUUGUACUUUCGCUUCGUAG